AUGAGUGAAGGGCUGGUUCAAAAUUUUGAAUACAUAGCUGCCCACAUUAAAGAUUACAUUGAUGAAGACAAGUUAUUUUCUACAUUCGAAACCGAUGAUAUCAAAGAAAUCUUGAAAUACGCAACUCUUAAUGCAAAUGAUUUCAAUACUCUUAUGAAGCAAUCACAUUCUACAAUCAAAGCAAACAAAUUAUAUGUUUGUGCUCGAGAUACAAAGGUUUCUAUACAAAAUUAUGAAGAUGUCGUUUCAGUUUUGAAAUCAGUCAAGAAAUACAUGAAAAUCAGAAUCCUUAAUGGUGUCAUUAAUUUUUUAAAGCAAACACAAAAAGAAAAUUCUGAUUCAGCAGCGAAAAUACAACAACUUCAAACAGAAUUAUCAACAGUUCAAAAUCAAAAGCAAAAAAGUGACCAAGAACUCGAAUCACUUAAAACACAACUUAAUCAAACUAAAGAAGAUAAUACCCGAUUAAAGAAAGACCUCCAAGACAUAGAAACAAAAUUCAAUCAAAUCACAAAACAAAUCAAUCAAAUGCCUCAACAAACAAAUCAAAUAAAUCAACAAACAAAUCAAAUGCCUCAACAAACAAAUCAAAUGCCUCAACAAACAAAUCAAGAUGCAGAAAUUCUAAAGAAAAUUAUGGAAUUUAAGAAUUCAGAUAAGUUUUAUGAUAUAUACAAAUUCUUCGAUGAACUUUCAUCACAAGGAAAUCAAAAGAUGAUAUUAAAAGCAUAUCAAGAGGGACUUUGGAAAAAGACAUCUCCUAAACUUGGUAAAUUUGAUGAUGAAAAUAAUAUCUUUCAUUAUGCAAGUGAAAGCGGAAAUCUCAGACUUGUUAAAUAUCUGAUUCAAUGUGGCUGCGAUAAAGAAAUAAAAAGUAAAUGGCAAUUUACUCCACUCAUUUAUGCAUCAAGAGAAGGUCGUCUUGAUGUUGUUAAGUAUCUUAUCUCUAUUGGAGCUAAUAAAGAUGCAAAGGAUUAUGAAGGUAAGACUUCACUCAUUUGGGCAACAAUUUUUAAUCGUCUUGAAGUUGUUAAAUAUCUUCUCUCUAUUGGAGUUAAUAAAAAUGCAAAAGAUUCAAAAGGAUUGACUUCACUCCUUUGGGCAUGCAACCAUGGUAGUCUUGAAGUUGUUAAAUGUCUUAUAGCUGCAGGAGUUGAAAUGAAUUCAAAGAAUGCAUAUGGCUGGACUCCACUCUCUGUUGCACAAGAAAAAGGUCACCCUGAAGUUGUUAAAUAUCUUAGAGGAAAGUAA